UAGAUAAAAUUUUCCGACUAACAAAGACGAGCUCCGGUGGAGGUUUUGAGUAAUUUUAACCUAUUUUUAAGGCUUCGGUUAGGAUGUUCGUUUUCAGUUAUUUUAGGGCUUCUAUUUCGCAGAUAUUGGGGGCAUGAUGUGGCAAUUGGGUAGAAUGCGUGCUAGUGCACGGUGAAUUUGAUCACUGUUUUAAAUUUCAUUUUUAAUAAUAAAAUCAAAGCAAAAAAAUGGAUUUUUAAAAAAAAAAUUAAUUGAGCUAAUUAAUAUUGGGAGGCCUCGGAGCGUCUAAGAGUUGCACAUUUGAUGUGAUUUAUCAUGAGAGAAUAUGUUGGAGUCUCACCCUGAAUUGCAGCAACAAUUCUCUCACAUUUAUUCUCUUCUAUUUCUCUUUAAUCAAUGCCUUUGUUGCCAUCUAAUUGGCUUCUUCUACUUUCUCAACAAACCAUUUUUUCCCCCAAAUAUAUUCUCUCACUAGAUUCCUGUGCCUAUUUUUUACCCAUUUUUUUCACUCACAAAUCAAUACCCUUUACCCUCUCAAAUUUCUGCAUCUUGAUUAGGGGGACAAAAGACAAGCAGAAGAAAAGGAGAAAAGGCUCUGGUUUGGAUGUCUACAGUGUAUUGGGUGAUUCAGAGUUAGCAGGUGUUAAAAUGAAUGGGAUUCAGGGCAAUAAGGCUCAAAAUAUGGAGAAACAAUUUCCAGGAUGCUUAGGCAGAAUGGUGAAUCUUUUAGAUUUAAGCAACGGUGCAAGUGGAAACAGGCUGCUUACAGAUAAACUACAUGGUUGUUCACCUUCAAGGAGUCACUCAGAUGUGCCAAGGAUGCUGAGUUCACCCUUUGUGGAUCAUAUUGAAGAUAAAAUGAUUGUGUCCAAGUUAAGGAGAAGCUCCUCAACCAAGGAAGCAAGUGGAACACCCGUGAAGACGCUGAUAGCACAAGAAAUGUCCAAAGAAGUGGAUUCUAUACAUAAUCCACCAAAUGUUGUUGCCAAGUUGAUGGGGCUUGAUACCUUCCCCCAUAAGCAGUCUCAAUCAGCUUCAGAAAGAAGCCACUCAAAAGGUUAUUCAAGACAUUCUUUAAGUCACUCAGGGAUACUAGUGGGGUGUUGGAAGCAAGAUCAUGGUUUUCUAGACAAGCGAAUGCAUCGUGAAGGUCACCAGUGUGAGGAGAAAAAUGAGUACAAAGAUGUAUAUGAGAUCUGGCAGCAAUCCCAAAAGAACAGUGUCGGAGAGAGUUCACCACACAAGGGAAGGAAUAAUGGAAGUAUAAAUGAGAAAAGGAUGACCCUAGUUCGCCAGAAGUUCAUGGAAGCAAAACAUUUGGCCCCGGAUGAGAAAGGUCGCCAGUCCAAGGAAUUCCAAGAUGCAUUAGAGAUUUUAAGCUCCAAUAGAGAUUUAUUCCUCAAGUUUCUGCAAGAACCUAAUUCCAUGUUCUCUCCUCCUCUGAAUGAUAUGCAGCCUAUUUCUCCAUCUCCUGUGACAAAUCGCAUCACUGUCCUUAGACCUUCUAAGGCAAUUGAUAAUGAAAAGUUUGCAGGAUCAGGGAAGAAGUUUGAUAAGCAGGCAAAUAAACCAACCCAGAUUAGCCAGGCUACUUGGGACAAAAAUAAAUCCAAAUGUUCUCCUACUUUGCCCAAUCAGAGAUUUGAAGAAUAUCCUGCUCAGCCAACACGAAUUGUAGUAUUGAAGCCUAGCCCUGGGAAGACUCAUGACAUUAAGGCUAUUGUUUCACCACCUACCUCAUCACAAACAAUAUUACAGGGUGAAGAGUUUUAUGAUGAUCCUGAAGAAGAUCAGGCACAAGAAUCAAUAGAGGCCAAGGAGAUGGCAUUGCAGAUGCGUCGUCAAAAGGACGAAACUCUCCUUUCUUCUUCAUUUUCCAAUGGCUAUAAUGUUGAUGAUAGUUCUUUUAAAAAAUCAGAAAAUGAGUACCCAGUGGGAAAUCUCAGCGACUCAGAAAACAUGUCACCGAGUUCUAGGCACUCAUGGGAUUAUAUUAAUAGCUUUGGUAGCCCCUAUUCUUAUUCCUCUAGCCGUGCAUCAUGUUCUCCAGAGUCUUUUGUUUGCAGAGAAGCAAAAAAGCGACUUUCUGAAAGAUGGGCUAUGAUGACAUCAAAUGGGAGUUUUCAGGAAGAAAAAGGUACUUGGAGAAGCUCGAGCACAUUGGGUGAGAUGCUUGCUCUUUCAGACACAAAGAAAUCAGUGAGAUCUGGGGAGGAGGCUGCUAAAAAGGAACAUGAAGCAAGGGUCUCAAUUUCUUGCUUAACUAGUAAUUUGAACAAGGAAGAAGGCACAGCUGAUUCUCCUAAAAGUCUCCUGAGGUCCAGAUCUUUGCCUGUGUCUUCUACGGUAGAUGGUGCUGAGCUCAGCAUUGAGUUUUCAAAUUCACAGGCUGUCAGAACAGAAGUUUCCAAGGAGCUGAGGAAGGCAAAGUGCACAAAAUUAUCUUUAAAGGAGAAAGUUUCUAGUUUAUUUUUCUCAAGGAAUAAGAAAUCAAACAAAGAAAUUUUUGGUGUAUCUCAAUCUAAAGACGAACAUCAAUCUCCUAUUCUUGCAACACUGGGGUCGCCAAUUCUUCUUCCUGGAAAGAUUGGUGAUGAUGAUGCAUCUACUAAUAACAUUGUUCUUGAAGGUCGUUUUUAUCCUGGUUUACAUGGACCAUCAGGUAGAACUACUUGUCCAGAUUGGACUGAGAUGGCAACACAACAAGGUUUUGUUUCCUGUGAGGCAUCUUUAUCAGUGGCAAACCCUGCAGUGCCUGGGAAUACGAGUGACAAUCAGGAUCAGCCGAGUCCAAUCUCAGUUUUAGAACCCUCAUUUGAAGAGGAUGACAAGACAGUUCUGGAGCCUUCUGGCAUUAUCAGGCCUAAUCACAAGGGAGCAGAGGUGCCUCUUAAGUAUAAUUUGAUAGACAAGUCACCACCUAUAGAAUCAAUUGCAAGGACUCUAUCGUGGGAAGAUUCAUGUAUUAAGAUGGCUAGACCAUAUUCAUUAAAACACUCUUCAAUCUAUUCCUCUGCUGAUGAAGAAGAACAGGACUGGCUUACCUUCAUCCAAACUCUGUUAUCAGCAGCUGGCCUUGAUGGCAACAUGCAAUUAGAUUCAUUUUUUGCCGAAUGGCAUUCAAAUGAAAGAUCAUUAGAUCCAGCAUCGAUAAACAAAUAUGCCAACAUAGAUGACAAAGAACUUUUGCACGAGGCAAAGCGAAGGCAAAGGAGAUCAAAUAGGAAACUUAUAUUUGACUGUGUCAAUGCAGCACUCAUGGAAAUCACUGGUUGUGGGAUGGACCGGAGCACCAAGGGUAUGCUGUGUACCGGGGUUCACAACAGGUUUGUACAGGAGACAUCACCUAUGCUGGUGGAGCACUUGUGGGCCCAAAUGAAGGAAUGGUUCUAUAGUGGAGGGAGGUGUACUUUUGAAGACAGUGGAGACAACUCCAGCCUGAUGGUGGAGCGGGUAGUGAAAAAGGAAGUAGUGGGGAAAGUGUGGUCUGAUAAUGAGAAAGUGGAAUUAGAUAAUUUGGGGAAGGAACUAUCAGCUAAAUUGUUAACGGAGCUUGUGGAGGAUGCUGUGGCUGAUUUGACUAGUUGAGUUUGAUGGAGCUAUCAUAUCUUUUCUUUUCUUUUUUCCUCUUCUAUUUUUUGCAACCCUCAUUUGUGCGUUUGAUUCUCAAGACUGAUGGCCUAGGGCCCACCUCAUUUGUUUAAUGCUGCAAGUGAUCAAACUGAUCUGUUUUGUCAAUUUGUGUAGUUUUGGAAUUCUUAUUAAUAACUUAAUAAAAAUCUGCUAACCUGUUUUAUUAA